UUCGUCUCUUAGGUUGCUUUAUUUACUGUUGAACAUCAAUUGGCUCAUGUAUAAAUACAUUCACCAUGCGGUUCUUUUUGCAUCCAAAAUGUGGCAAAUGUAACUGGAAACUUUUUGCUUUGGUAUGGUGUUGUUCUAGUCUCUGGCUAAUGAUAUCGCUUGUUGGAGGUGUGCGAAAGUACUCAAAAAAUGAUAUGCAACGACUUCGAGAAAGAGUUCAGCGCAUGUUUCAACAUGCAUACGACGGAUAUCUACGCUACGGAGCGCCAUAUGAUGAACUGCGCCCGCUGUCUUGUGAUGGGGUCGAUACAUGGGGAAGUUACUCGUUAACGUUGAUCGAUUCAUUGGACACGCUAGCUGUGAUGGGCAACUAUACUGAGUUUGGAAGGGUUGUGGAGCUGCUUCAUACUCGUUCGUUCGAUGCGGACAUUAAUGUGUCGGUAUUUGAAACAAAUAUUCGCAUCGUAGGUGGCUUGCUCUCUGCUCACCUGCUUUCACAUCAAGCCGGACUGGAAUCAUUAGAGCCGGGAUGGCCUUGCGCUGGUCGGCUUUUACAGAUGGCAGAGGAUGUUGCGCAACGAUUGCUUCCUGCGUUCGAUACCCCUACCGGCAUGCCCUUUGGUACAGUGAAUCUACGGCAUGGUGUUCCUUCCGGCGAAACUCCUGUCACGUGUUCGGCUGGCAUUGGCACGUUUGUUCUGGAAUUUGGGACUCUCAGCAGGUUAACAGGCAAUCCUAUAUACGAAAAUGUGGCUAUGAACGCCCUUGCAGCUUUGUACGAUCAUCGUUCGACCAUUGGGUUGUACGGUAAUCACAUAGACGUGCUGACUGGUCGCUGGAUAGCUCAGGAUGCCGGAAUUGGUGCCGGUGUCGAUUCAUACUUAGAAUACCUGGUAAAAGGUUCAAUUUUACUGGAAAACCCGGCAAUUAUGGAUAUAUUUCAAGAGAGCAAAGCGUCGAUCGACCGUUAUAUGAAACGCGAUGAUUGGUACGUGUGGGUCAGCAUGACCAAAGGACAUCUAACACUUCCUGUUUUCCAAUCACUUGAAGCAUACUGGCCGGGACUCUUGAGUCUGUACGGUAGCACAUCCGAAGCUUUGCGGGUACUUCACAGUUAUCAAGCGGUUUGGCGACAAUAUGGCUUCCUUCCUGAGUUUUACAAUAUUCCCACAGGCCAAGCGGGUACUAAUCGCGAAAACUAUCCACUGCGCCCAGAGCUUAUUGAAUCAGUUAUGUAUCUUUAUCGUUCCACUGGCGACCCAUUUUUACUGGAGGUGGGUGAAAACAUACUCAAAAGUAUCGAACACAGCGCUAGAACCGCCUGUGGCUACGCUACUAUAAGAAACGUGCAAAAUCACCAGCAAGAAGAUCGAAUGGAAUCAUUCUUUCUGGCAGAAACAACAAAGUAUCUUUACCUUCUUUUCGAUCCACACAAUUUCAUUCACAACAAUGGCCGCGUUGGAAGUGUAGUGAGAGUGACACCUGCCGAAAGCGAAUGUGUUCUCGGUGCUGGAGGUUACAUUUUCAACACUGAAGCUCACCCAAUCGAUCCCACAGCUCUUCGAUGCUGUGAAGCGCGCCACAGCAACUAUUUUGCAGGCGCUGAACGACGUCGAGGUGAUAUCUUUCUGUCCGAUAGAACGAAAUCAUCAGACAGCGAGGUGAUCGCUGAAUCAAACACGCAUAAUACACACUCAGCUGCACCAGCUGAAGAUGAACAGAUAUCAACGAUUAAUGUCCCAAGCAGCAGCAGAAGCACGACUGAUACAGGCGAACUCAACGAUAAUGAUCAUGUUGCGACGCAGCCCAUUUCUUCACCUUAUACAUCCAUCAACGAUGAUGCAGUUACGCCUGCAAAGGUUUCUUUUACUCUAUCAGGUCAUGAUGACGAUGAAAGCGUGAUUGACUCGCAAACUGUGCUGUCUCUAAAGUCAGGUGUAGCUAGUGAUGGCGGCUUGGACAUUUCCUCUUUGGAAGCAGAGCACAAGGAAGAGCCAGGAAAGCGAAAAAUAACGCUGUCUCAAGAACAAUCUAACAAGAGUGGCACAGAUGAUAAAGAUAAGAUUCAAGAAGAUGCCCAAGAAAACAAUCUUACAAGUUCAACGCUGUUGCAACUUGUGCAAAACAUUUUCCGUUCGAAGAUUCGAUUAGGACGAUCAGCGAUUGACAAAGAAAGGUUUUAUCAAACUAACAGCGAUAUUAAUUACAAUAGUUCAGAAUAUUCCGUCCCUGUUUUGUUACCUUCCUAUGCGCGCCGCUAUGAUAUUCUAACGUGCCGAGCUCAACCAUUUUUGAAUCGAAUUAUGCUGUUGGGAGAAUUUUAUUAG